UCUGAGAGAAGCGAAAGAGUCUUUCUGAGAGGUAUCUUGAGAGUGGCAGAGGGCAGCCGGUCCAGGCUCUGUGAGGAGGCAAGACAGAGGUGCCUCUUCAUUCAGCCUUGGGAAUCUGAGGGAUGGAGACUCGGGUCCGCAGAGAGGGUCUCGGGUGCAGCCCUGCCAGCAUCAAGAGGAAGAAGAAGAGGGAGGACUCAGGAUACCUUGGACUCCAGGUGAGCACUAUGUUCUCAGAGGACGACUUCCAGUCAACAGAAAGAGCCCCAUAUGGUCCACAAAUACAACAGUGGUCCCAGGAUCUGGCAAGAGUCCAGGUUUUUAGAGAACAGGCCAACCAGGAGGACAGGAGUCCCAGGAGGACCCAGAGGAUCACUGGAGGAGAAGAAGUGCUGUGGGGCCCCAUCACCCAGAUAUUUCCCACAGUUUGGCCUGCUGACCUAACGAGAGUCAUCAUGCCUCUUGAGCAAAGAAGUCAGCACUGCAAGCCUGAGGAAGGCCUUCAGGCCCAAGAAGAAGACCUGGGCUUGGUGGGUGCACAGGCUCUCCAAGCUGAGGAACAGGAGGCUGCCUUCUUCUCCUUUACUCUGAAUGUGGGCACUCUAGAGGACGUGCCUGCUGCUGAGUCACCAAGUCCUCCCCAGAGUCUUCAGGAAGAGUCCUCCUCUCCCACUGCCAUGGCCGCCAUCUUUGGGAGCCUAUCUGAUGAGGGCUUCAGCAGCCAAGGAAAGGAGGGGCCAAGUACCUCGCCUGACCUGAUAGACCCUGAGUCCUUUUCCCAAGAUAUACUACAUGACAAGAUAAUUGAUUUGGUUCAUUUAUUGCUCCGCAAGUAUCGAGUCAAGGGGCUGAUCACAAAGGCAGAAAUGCUGGGGAGUGUCAUCAAAAAUUAUGCGGACUACUUUCCUGAGAUAUUUAGGGAAGCCUCUGCAUGCAUGCAACUGCUGUUUGGCAUUGAUGUGAAGGAAGUGGACCCCACUAGCCACUCCUAUAUCCUUGUCACCUCCCUCAAUCUCUCUUAUGAUGGCAUACAGUGUAAUGAGCAGAGCAUGCCCAAGUCUGGCCUCCUGAUAAUAGUCCUGGGUGUAAUCUUCAUGGAGGGGAACUGCAUCCCUGAAGAGGUUAUGUGGGAAGUCCUGAGCAUUAUGGGAGUGUAUGCUGGAAGGGAGCACUUCCUCUUUGGGGAGCCCAAGAAGCUCCUCACCCAAGAUUGGGUGCAGGAAAAGUACCUGGUGUACCGGCAGGUGCCCGGCACUGAUCCUGCAUGCUAUGAGUUCCUGUGGGGUCCAAGGGCCCACGCUGAGACCAGCAAGAUGAAAGUUCUUGAGUACAUAGCCAAUGCCAAUGGGAGGGAUCCCACUUCUUACCCAUCCCUGUAUGAAGAUGCUUUGAGAGAGGAGGGAGAGGGAGUCUGAGCAUGAGAUGCAACCAGGGCCAGCGGGCAGGGAAACGGGCCAAUGCAUGCUUCAGGGCCACACCCAGCAGUUUCCUUGUCCUGUGUGAAAUCAGGCCCAUUCUUCCCUCUGUGUUUGAUGAGAGAAGUCAGUGUUCUCAGUAGUAGAAGGCACAGUGAAUGGAAGGGAACACAUUGUAUACUGCCUUUAGGUUUCUCUUCCAUUGAGUGACUUGGAGAUUCCUUUUUGUUUCCUUUUGGUAAUUUUCAAAUAUUGUUCCUGUAAUAAAAGUUUUAGUUAGCUUCAACAUCUAAGUGUAUGGAUGAUACUGACCACACAUGUUGUUUUGCUUAUCCAUUUCAAGUGCAAGUGUUUGCCAUUUUGUAAAACAUUUUGGGAAAUCUUCCAUCUUGCUGUGAUUUGCAAUAGGUAUUUUCUUGGAGAAUGUAAGAACUUAGCAAUAAAGUUGAACUGGUGUUGUGAAACAGAGAAAUAAAAGGAGAAGGUCAUUAA